CGGUAGGCGGGACUUCCUUUCGUUGCUAGCUUCAAGGCCUCCAAUUGAAGGGCACACCGCUCUCUAGUUUCUCAAGGGUCUUGUGGUAAAGGAUCACUACCAUCCAUCAUGGGAGGCCAUGACAGUGGAUCGAACCCACAGUUCACCGGACUUGCCAAGUACUUCAACUCCUACACCAACGUAGGCAGGAGGAAUUGUGUUUUGGCCACAUAUGCCUCCCUACUCGCCAUUGGCCUUUUCUUCAAAUUAAAACCCAAGAAACAAGCUGCCAUUGCUGAGAAGUAAUAUGUACAUUUUGACCAAGUCUGACUGCUGGGAGCGGAGGAGGCAGCUGGGUGUACUUGUAAUAAAGUAACUGUUUGGUUUCCUUGUGUUAAUAAAGAUCAUUUAUGGCCAAAACAUAGAAAA